AUGUCAAUCUGGCUUAUUAAAGAGACUAAUUUACCAUUCUUGUCCCAACUCGGUUCAAUUGACCAGCUCUUGGCUGAAGUUGGGAGGUCCUUCUUCGUUGACAGUGAGCACUACUUGAUACUCAUGGAGUCCACGGAUAAUUUGACAAGAAAAGGGCGUGUACUCUACACAAGAUCAAAACGCAUAUCAAUGAUAUCAAGUUUUGAAAUCGUUUAUAGAGAAGACAAGCCAAAUUCACUUGAAGAAUAUCAAACCAUUGUUUCCGCUCAACUCUCAGACCUUACCAUUCAGACAUUGGUUUACGGCACUAUGAAUUAA